AUGUCAAACCAAAAGACACAACCACCGACCGAGAAACUUGACACCUCUGUCAAGUCUGAUGAGGCACAAGAAUUUCCUUCAUUAUUACCAGACGAACACCAAACAACAGAAGAAUGUUGUAAAGGUGAUUGUAAAGGAGAUACAAGUGCUCCCGCCAAAAAGCUUGAACAAGCUCCUGUUAUUGAAAUCAUAGAUGGCAAUAAGUACCAGGCGUACCGAGAGAAGAUGAAAUUAUUUGGGAUCUUUGUAUGUAUCAAUGUGAUCUUUGUAGUCUUUGUGCAAUGCGCUUCGUCAAUUGCAGUGCAAAUUGUAUUCUUGUGCUACAUCAUCUUCUCUGCUCUCCCAAAGUUUAUCUUCGGAAGUUUACUCCAGAAAUGCAAACCACAUGUCCGAGCACCACCAGUCACCAAAGACAAACCAGACGAAGAAGAAGGAGAAAGAACGUGGCACAUCUCAAGUGAAAUGUUUAAGUGCCCUUCUUGUGGUGGACAAUGUGACGGUCAAAACUUUUGUACGGAGUGUGGUCAGAGCAUCGAAAAUGAACAUCCAAUUUUGUUGUCCGUGUGUUUGACCGUGCACCAUGAAGACGCAGAAGGAAUUGAUGGGGGUAUUCGAUCGUUUGAGGUCUCGGUGUUGCCUUUUGAGCCAAAAUACUGUCAACUGAUUUUCAUUAUUGAUGGAAGAAGAGACAGAAAUAUGCAGGUCGACUACCAACAACUUGAAACUGCAACUUUCAUUAUCUCAAGACUGUCGAACUGCAACAGAAACGAUUUGUACUCGGACGACGACGGCGUCGUCAGGUUUAAGAACGGAAAAGGCGACCCACAGAUAUUGGAGGAUGGCAUGGCAAAAUAUGAAGGUACGUUUGAGUCUGGGAUGAUUUGGAUCAUUUUGUUGAAGAAGAAAAACGGAGGAAAGAGACACUCGCACGAAAUCUUCUUUGAUUACAUGGAUAAAGGAAUCACUCGAAAAACAGCAAAAGCGAUUAUGUUCGUCGAUAGUGACGUGGAAUUUGCAUGGGAAGGAAAUGAGUAUGGACUUAUGAAUAUGUACAAUGGACUUCUCAAGAGAGAGUGUAUUGGUGGUGUUUGUGGUGAGAUUGAGGUGAGUCAUUGGUAUCAAAAUCCGUUGACAAUGUGCCAAUAUUUUGAGUACAAAUCAAACCAGUUCCUUGCAAAGACGUUUGAAAAUUGGUUUGGAAUGGUGACAUGUCUUCCUGGUGCAUUCUCCAUGAUUAGGCCGCAGGCUAUGGAAACUGUGUUGAACGAGUAUUUAGCAACGUCGUUUUCGAUUUGGGAAAAGAACCAACUCGACUUGGGUGAAGACAGAACUUUGACGACUUUGUUGAUUGAAGCUGGGUGGGAUACAGGGUACAUAACAAAAUCGGUUGCACACACUGAUGCCCCCAUCAGCUUGGUUGGUCUGAUUAAACAGAGAAGACGGUGGAUCAACUCAACAAUAGUGAAUAUGGGUUUGUUGUUGAAAAGGGUGAGAAGACCCGUUGUUCUUCCAUUGCUCAUUUCACUUGCCAUUGAAUUGCUUUCUUCUUUCAUGUUGCCGAGUGGCAUUGUGAUGCUUUUUAUACAAAUCUUUUCAGAGUGUGGCGUGACAAAAUCAAUCGUCAUUGGGCUUCUCGUUCUCUGGACCGCGUUGCUCAUUACCUUCAGUCUGACGUCAAAGCUGGAAGACAUGGAAUAUUGGUUCCAAGCAUCCACCAUCAUUGGAGGGUUUCUUGUAUUUUUAAUGAUAUUGGGUGUCGUUCAAAACUUUGCUGGGUUCUUCGACAAGCAUUGGAUGGAAUUGGUGACAAUGUUGUCGUGGGUGUUUAUCAUCGUAUUCGCUGCAGUUAUCCAUGGUCAGUGGUUCUCCGUUUUGAAUGUAAUUGCCCCUGUUGUCUGGUUUAUGCUCACACCGACGAUGUAUGUCAUCAUUCCAAUUUACGCCGUCUGCAACUUUGAUGAUGUCAGUUGGGGGACUCGUGGUGGUGUAUAA